CAUAACUCCGCGGUCACACUGAUUAAAUGUUGAAUUGUUUUGUUAAUUUUAAUUUUAAAACUGUAAUUUUAAUACAAAUGUACUGACUAUCCAUGUCCUGCUUCGUGUUCUUCCAAUAUUCAACUAGCUAAGGAACUAUUAAACGACAAUCAGGGACAACCAUUAGAUCUUCAAGCUAUGUCUGACGUCAAUAAAAAUAUGAGAAAAGGGGCCAAGAGCACCAGUCCGCAGAGUGGAGAAAGCAGCAAAAACGGAGCCCCCAUUAACUCGCUGAGGAAGACUGUUUGGUACACCAUUGAUAAGGUCCUGGAAGAGCCCGUUUGCCCCAGCUGUGGCAGAAAGAUGAUUGCGUUCAAAAACCCCAUUGCCCAUGUGAAAAAAAAAAAGUGUUUUAGCAUUAGGAGGCUAGGAACUGUGUACAGGCUCCAUGGCUACACGGAGUGCAAAUGUGGGCUUCUCAUAUCGGACAAGCCAAAAGCCAAGAAGCUCCAUGUUUGUGUGGGCGCAGUUCCAGAUUUUGACCCAGCCCUCUCAUAUGAGCCAGAGGUGCCUUUGCGUGCAUCGCCUAAGCCUGCACCUUCGCCAGCAAAGCACCAGCCCUUGAAGAUUCUAGAGCAAAAAGUGCUGCAGCCGAAAGCUGAAGUAUGGAUACGCAAUUUUGUUAGUCCCAUCAAAGUUGACUACACCGAGAUGCCAGAAGUGGAAAAGCCGAGACCCAAACACAGUCUGAAUCUGAAGCCAAAGCCGCGGGUGCGAAACUUUGAUAGACGGACGAGUUGUCAACAGCCCGACGACGUAAGCGUCUAUUCCAUAAUUCGGAAGAAUGGAGGCAUCUCGAUAGCGGUUUGUUCCCCCGAAUCAAAGCGAGCGGUCAAUGAGAACAAUGAAAUACAAAUCGGAAAAGCUGCUGCUCCACGCCCGCCAAUGGUGCCAAGGAAACGCGACUUAUGAGUUGGAUCGCUUAAUAAUAGCAUAUAAUUAAUAGAACACUACUGCUAGCCAUUAGUUUAACAAUUAAAUAUAAUUUAUCUCCUAUUUGUCCUGGAAGAU